AACUCAUCGAGCAGCUCUUCGAUUCGUCAGCAUUGGCAGUACGGUAGGUGUUGGAAGGAGCUUUGUGCAAGCGGCGGUGUGGUUACUAAACUGCGGGUUCCUGCCUUUGGCUAGCCCCCACAUUGUGUCCUUGGGUAGCUUUGCAAACCGCAAGGAUGCAGUCCACCAUGGCUGCCCUGUCGCAGCGGGUGAACCUUGGGGCGGGCCUGGCAAGAGCUGUGCCGCAAGCGCAGGCUUCCUGCGAGGGUGCUUCGCCCGUUCGCCGAUGGUCUCACAGCAAUAGGAGGAUUGAUGCAGUUUCUGCCAAGGGGCUUGGCUUCCAUACAUCCUCGUCUCUCCAGGGUGCAAAGUUGGACAGUUCACCCUCAGGCCAGCGGUUGAGGGGUCCAAAGGCAGUCAGAGCUAUCGCGGCCCCUAUUGCAGCGCCGGACCUUAGUGAUCCUGAGGAAAGGGAACGGUUGGCGAAGGAGUAUGGUUUUGAGCAGAUUGGGGCGCCAAUUCCAAAGGGCGUGACGCUCAGGCAGGUGCAGAACUCGUUGCCGCCAGAGGUUUUUGAGAUCAACGAGCUGCGCUCGUACAGCGCCGUGCUGCUCACCGCGUGCGCGGUCGGCGCCAGCGUGUGGAUGAUUGCCAACUCCCCCUGGUACCUGCUUCCCCUCGUCUAUGCCUACACCUCCGCCGCCUGGACCGGGCUCUUUGUCAUUGGCCAUGACUGCGCCCACAAGUGCUUCUCAAAGAACAAGUUGAUGGAGGAUAUAGUUGGCACCCUCGCGUUUGCGCCCCUCCUCUACCCUUACGAGCCAUGGCGCUUCAAGCACGACCGCCACCAUGCGAAAACCAAUAUGCUCGUAGAGGACACCGCCUGGCAUCCGAUUGUGCGGGAAGACUGGGAGAAGUUCCCCGGAAUUGCCCAGCUGGGCAUGAGGCUAGCCAUGGGGCCGCUCCGACCAUGGGCUUCUAUUGGACACCAGAUUCUUUGGCACUUCGACCUCAGAAAGUUCACCGCCAGCCAGCAGAACCGCGUCAAGAUUAGCUUGGCGGCCGUCACUGCUUUUGCCGCCAUCGCCUUUCCGCUUAUCGUUGCCCAGGCGGGUAUCAUGGGCUGGGUCAAAUUCUGGCUGCUCCCGAACCUUGGUUUCCACUUCUGGAUGAGCACUUUCACGAUGGUCCACCACACGGCGCCCCACAUCCCGUUCAAGGCCGCUGGCGAGUGGGACGGUGCCGCAGCGCAGCUCGGAGGCACCGUGCACUGCGACUAUCCCAGAUGGGUUGAGAUUCUGUGCCACGACAUCAAUGUACACAUUCCGCACCACAUCAGCCAGAGGAUUCCGUGGUACAACCUGCGCAAGGCUAACGAGUCACUGCGGGCAAACUGGGGACAGUACUUGAACGAGGCGAAAUGGAACAAGACGCUGAUGAAGUCCAUCCUCAGCGUGUGCCACAUCUACGAUGAAGAGAAGAACUACGUCGCUUUCGAUGAGGGUGCCAAGAGCGAGGAUCCGAUUUUCAAGGUCGUAAGAACCGUGCUUUAGAGAUCUUUCCCUUGGGGGGAGGUAUUGUUGAACCAAACGAGUUGCAACCUCGCUUGUGGAAGCAUUCAGAGUCAGGAAGUUGAUAGAAAGAAGCAGCCACGAAUUAGAAAUUGUGUUGAAGUCAGUUUAAGCUUGUGUAAACUCCCUGCAAGUUGCACGAUUGAGUUCAGAAGCAUGUAUUUGUAACUUGCACUUGACAAGGUUAGUUUGCGGGUUGAGGUAGGUCGAAUAACGAGAAUUCUCUUCUCCAAUUCUUUGCUCGGUCAUUUUCCUGAGCUUGUUACAGAGUAAGUAGGUUCAAAGCUUCCAACCAAUUGUUUAGAGGCGUUUCUUUCUCGGUAUGGUUCCUGCCCGGUCAAUCGCUC